AUGUCUUCAGGCCGCAUUGAGAAACGGAAAUCUCAGCCAUCGCGCAACCGCGACGCUUUAUUGAACGAAAUCCUCCGAGACGGUUUUGAAGUGAUGCCGUGCUCGUACUGCUUCGACCACAACUUGGUCUGCAAAAUGAUUGAAAGGACAAAAAGAUGCCAAACAUGCGUGGGUUUGGGUCGAUCGUGUGAUGGGACAGGUGUCCCCGUGGGUGUCUUGUCCCGCGUGACUGCCGAAGCCAAGCGAUUAGAGCGAGAGGAGAUAGACGAGGAAGAAAAAUUCCUGGAACUCCAGAAACAGAUCAACGAGGUGUCUGCUCGCUUAAUUCGCUUGCGCAAACAACGUCGUUCUCUCCGCGAGAAGGGGAUACAGAUGGUACAGCGUGGUUUGCAAAAUUUGGAUGAGCUGGAGGAAAUGGAGCGAAAGGAGUCUGAGGCCGCCGCGCAGGAAUCUUCUGCGGUCCUAGAGGUGCAGGCUAACGGUGGUUUCGAUGUGAUCGACUGGAGUACCGUUGGUUUGGGCGGUGGUCAGUUGUUGACUGGUCUCGACUUUGCUGGUGGAACUGCCGAAGCUUCCGCUGGCAAUGCGUCAGGUUCCCGAUAG